CAAAGACGGAAAGGAACUCGGUUUACCGCCAUUCUGAACGAAGCGAUACAGCUCUAUCCACGUUUGGCAGAACCAGACUUGGAUGAUGCUGCUUUUGUCUAUCAAGGAGCCCAAAACGACCGUCUUUUCGAAGCAUCCUCGGAGCACAUUCAGCACCCUAGUCAACAAGUCAGUCCUCCGAAGGCCAUAGCUCCACAGGACCCCAGCCAUCAGAUUAUAAGCCAAGCCCGAGCCUGCGCGCAUUGCGAUUCUCGGAAAGAAGUAAAGAGACCAGAAAGACGGUCCACCGAGCCCAGGAUCCAUUAUGGCCUCAUUGCUUCCGGCAACUGCGUCGUUAAAGACGGCAUUGCUCGGGAUCAAAUAGCGCUGAACCUCGGGGACAGGUGUAUUUGCUUCGAAAUGGAAGCAGCUGGUCUUAUGGAUAAUUUUCCAUGCCUUGUGAUCCGCGGAAUCUGUGAUUAUGCGGACACCCAUAAAAAUGAUCGGUGGCAAAAUUAUGCAGCAAUCACAGCUGCUGCAUAUGCCAAGGAGCUGCUGCAGGUUCUUGAGGGCGAGAAUGUGGAAGGAGCGCGGAGAAUGGACGAAAUAAUGGGAAAUGGUCAGUACUUUAUGUCGACUCAAAGUAUUACGUAA